AUGGGAGGUGGAUCUUCAAGUCUCGACAGUGAGGUAAAAGAUGAAGCUUCCAAUGAAACCACCUGUCAAAUAUGUUUUCAAUCAACACAUUCAGCAAUAGAUUGCCCAUUUAUAUACUCAAAAUGUAGAAAAUGUGAUGGGAUUAGAAGAGUUUGGGAAGGAAAUACUCAAGAUAAUCCACAAAGAAGAUUUUUGAGGUGUCAAAACUUCAUAUGUGGUGAAUUUCAAUGGCUGGAUGAAGCAGUGAGGUUGCCACCACCUAGACAACAUCAAGCAAAGGGGUGUUUAAAGUGUCAUAAUCUCUCACAUUGGGCUAAAGAUUGUCCUGAAGGAAACAUGAAACAAAAACAGAUUAGUGCAAAUACAAGUAUUGGUGAAUUGUGUGAUCAGUUCCAAAGCUCAGUCAAGUUAGACAUUGGACAGAAGAAAAGAAAUUCCAUGUAA